UAUACACAACAACUACACGAAACAGUCUCCAAUCCAAGGCCAAGGGUAGAAGAUCAAGAUCUGUCAUCGUGUUUACAUUUUACGUUCAGACUGAGAGAACAUUUAUAAACGGCUUGAAUCAUUCAUCGUUGUUGAAGUGCUACAGACAAACAAAGAAUGCCUCAUGUUAUAAUCAGCACACAAGUCAGGCUGGAUGUCGGCCCAACAUUUGUUGGAGAUGAAUGGAGUGACCCAGAGUUGAUGGAGUAUCUGGAGGCAUCGCUGGUGAAAGUAUUAGGCAACAAUUUUGCCCAGUACAAAACAGAGGAUCCGCCAAGAAUUGUGCUGGACAAGUUGGAGGCUCGUGGAUACCGACUGGUGACAAUGACUGGUGUCGGCCAGACGUGCAUCUGGACCCUUCAUCAAGACUUGGCCAAAUCAAACGCUGAGGUCAAGAAAAUAAUAGAGGAGGAAAAAGAAUUUGUGGACAACAAACAUUUGUGAAGGAGGACGAGGAUGUUUUCUGGAUAGAAAAACAAGUCAAUAAUCCAGAUGUAUUUACAUGAAAAAUUGUGCCAAGCGGAGAUUAUAUUUUAUUUAAGUAAAAUCAGGACUUUCAAAUCUAUUAGGUCACAAGAGUGCUUUUUAUGUUUUGGGGUAUCUUUUCUAUAGCGUUUGUGGUCUUGUGAUUAUGCUGUCAGGCUCAUACAUGAAAGGUCAGGGGUUCGAACCCUGACAAGAGCCCAACAUUAUGUCCUUGAGAAAAGCACUUUACUCUCUUCACUCAGGUGGGAAUGGGUAUCUGGCUAAAGGCAGGGAAAGAUUGUGUCAGUUUGUUUGUAUUUUGCUAACACACUGGAGUAUCCUUGGAAGCUACAAGUUUACCUUUUUUUUUGUGCCUUGAUUAAAAUUUUCCAGUAAAAUCCACGCAGAUGGGUUUAUAGAGGAUAUGAACCGUGUUGAACCCCCCCCCCCAACAAAA